AUGAGUCUCCUUGGCCGAUUGUUCAAGAAAAAGGCUGCAGUGGCGUUUGAACUGCAUCAAAAACCCACUACCAACAACUCAUUGAUACUCGAGUCUGCAUCUAUUGACAAUGAUGACUCUAUUGAUGGCUCAGACCAGUUGGUAGCUCAAAGACCCACAAACAAUGUAGAAUUAAAGCUGGACACUAAAGUAAUUUGUAAGACUGGUCGAUCGAAUGGUAACUAUGGAUCGUUGAAGAGGCGCAUAUCAUUAUCCUCUCUCUAUAGUGAUGUUAUUAUAGAUGGAACACUUGCUCCUGGCUAUAAAUCGUCAGUUAUUUCGGCAUCACUCAGCACGCUUGCACCGAAAAGUCCAUUAGCACUCCAUUUCAGUGCACUUUCAGAUCCAAUCAACAACACUAAUGAGCAUUCUCAAAAUCCUGAUCGUCAUAGCUCAAGUAAUGACAUCAAUAUGGCACAGGACUCGUUUGUGCCUGUUCUGUCCAACAAUACCGAGUCUAUGCCCAUAUCUGGAAGCCAUCGCGCAUCAUUGGUUUCUUCUAUCAAUGGCGAGGUCAUUUGCUCUCAGCUGUCGCUGCAGCAUAGCACUAGCGACUGCAUUGAUUUUGCAAAAUACUAUAUGGAGUCAGUCGUAGAUGGUAAAGCUGCUUCAAAUGUGGUUACCAAUAUCGAAGUAUUAGCUACCUCGGCCGAUUCAACUUUCCUCGAUCAUUUGGAUCUUGCUUUGCCUCGGGAAGCUGAAAAGAAUACUGGAAAUCACAUUGAUCUUGAGACUGUCGCUAUUGAAAAAAUCUUGAAUAAGCUAGAACCAUCACAAAUUCCUGUUUCACCUAACAGAAGUAAUUACAACAAUCCAUCAGAUAUACCGCCAUCAUUUAUACUGCACCAUAAUACUCCCAUUUUGCCAUCCAUCUCAUCUGAAUCUGCUCAAAAAAAGCUGCUCAAUAGAACAUCAUCACCACUAGACGCUACAAAAAAUUAUAUUGACAAGUCGCAUAUUGAGCAUCGAAAGUUCAAUCUAUUUCACCGGGGCAACAACCUUUUUCGGAGCUUUUCCCGGUCAUCAUCUUUUGAACCUGCAGUAUCUGGGGAUGAGUUAUUGGAUUCGUCCAGCAUAAUUGACAAAAAAUCAAUUCUUUCACAAACCACGAAGCGACUUGAUCGCACAACUAGUCUUCGUCUUCCAAAGCGGUCCACCGCCAAAUCGCCUCCACUUCGUCCCGACUCCACAUCUUUACUAUCAACCAACUCCAAGACCUUUAAAACAGCGGCUAUUCCAGCUUUUGUUGAUCCCUGCAUUUCUGCAACUACCAACCCUGAUCGUCAUACUAGCAUACCUGCUCCAACGAAAUCGCCUACCACAAACGCAUUGUUAAAUACCACACCACUACCUUCAAAAACACCAUUAUCCCGCACACACAGUUUCAAGGUAUUCAAAUCACCCAAAUUGGCUACUCCAUCUGUCAAAUCUUUAGACCUGCCUGAAAAAUCAACCAUGUGCGUGCUUGAGCCUAUUUCAAUGCCAUCAGCUAUGAUUGAAGCGUUUACUACGCCGGAACUCACGCUCCCAGAUCUGCCACAGGAUACUUGGCAUCUUUUUGAAACAUUAAAACGAGCCAGCAAAAAUGCUGCAAAAGAUGACGACACCUUUCAGAUUAUCCAAACUGUGGUUGGAACGGAAAACACCAAUCUUGCACCCGAUACACUUAAACCACCCGUUUUCGAGUCGGAUGAUGUGGAUGAGCUGGUGGUUCAAUCAAAACUACUACGAUUACAAAUGUCAAAAGUAGCAAUGUCUGUGCAAGAUGAAUAUGAUGCUAGGAUGAAAGCUUCAUCUUCGGUCGCCGAAACCAAUGCCUUGUUUUCCAUGUCACCGUAUGAUAAUCGGUAUGCUGUUAGUGAUAUUUUGAAACAGCUUGAUGUAGAUACUGCGAUGUUAAAGCAAAACUCUAGUCCUGUGAUUGCAAGUUCCCACCUCGGAUCAAAUAAAGCGGACAGUCAGACGACUCAAUCACCACUGAGUAUUCAAAGCAACAUUUAUAAAGAAUCCUCAUCUAACCCUGCUCAUGCACCAUCCGACAUACCUUUCGCGGUUACUUCAAUGAAUGACAUAACAGAUUCCAGCGCAAUGGUACGCCACUACUUGCUCCAUCACGGCCAGCUGAAAGCAGAUACGCCUACUAUCAAUGAUGUUUAUAUUCCGCAAGCUGCAUUGAUGGGACAAUCCAAUCAUGACGGUGGAUAUGCGCAUUCGUUGGAUUUUCAUUCAAAACCUCACUUGUCCUUGGGCCAUCAGCCUUUGACAUCGUUGCCUAUCAGCGAUAGGACAUUAGGACAUCACGACCAUUCCGAGUCAACUCCAGAUGGUUUACCUUUAGCACUACCAAAAAAUAAUGUAGGGUCGCAAAGAAAAGGUAAACUUGAAGCAGGUCAGGGUAAAAAAGGGUUGCCUGAUGGUGAAUCCAAGCUUCUCAACUCUUCAACGAUUCUUACAUUGUCAUCACUUGAAAGAUCAAAAAAGGCUGACAAGAGAAUCAGUAUAUUGCUACCAGAACAUGUCCCCGAGUUUUCUUCAUUGAAUAGGCACAUGUCAAAUUUAUAA